AUGCAUGUCUCUCAAUUCCUGGCCGUGAGCUUCAUGCUCCCCUUUGCCGCCGCCUCGCGCUUCCAGCAACUCCUCGGCGUCGAAUCUUCCCCGCCGACAAUUCACGGCCCGGCCGCAGUCUCAGGCUCCUCGUCCUUAUCCGCUGUCCCCGCUUGGCGCGACGACCUCAUCUCUUUGCAUCGCUCUCUCGUUGAGAUCCCUUCCAUCUCGGGCAAUGAGAGUGCCGCCGGAAAAUUCUUGGUCGACUAUCUGACCGGCCGAGGCUAUGUCUCAUCUCUGCAAUUCCUGCCACCGCGCAUUGGCGAUACCCAAGAGACCCCGCGGUUUAAUGUCUUGGCCUGGAAGACGAACCAACGUCAGCCCAGCCCUCGCGUUGUUGUGACCUCGCACUACGAUGUUGUGCCGCCUCAUAUCCCCUACAGCAUAUCUGAUGACACAAUCGCACCCGACACUCGUAUUAGUGGAAGAGGAAGUGUUGACGCCAAGGCCAGUGUUGCUGCUCAGAUCAUUGCUCUCGAGGACCUAUUCGAGGCCGGCAAAGUCAAACCCGAAGAUGCCAUGCUCUUGUUCGUUAUUGGCGAGGAGGACACUGGCGAUGGAAUGCGUUUCUUCUCUGAUGCGCUUCAGGAAGCUGACCCACCGGUGCAAUUUGGUUCUGUCAUUUUCGGAGAGCCUACGGAGAACAAGCUCGCGUGCGGUCACAAGGGUGGUGUCUUCUGCGACAUCUCGGCCAAGGGUGUCGCUGGGCACUCUGGCUACCCGUGGCUCGGCAAAUCGGCCAACGAGAUCAUGAUUAAGGCCCUCGCCAGAAUCAUCACGACAGAUCUCGGAAGCACCGAAAAAUGGGGCAACACCACUGUGAACGUUGGCCAGUUCAACGGCGGCGUUGCUCAGAAUGUCAUUCCUGCCUCUGCUCUGGCAAGGAUUGCUGUCCGAGUCGCCAUUGGCCCCGAAAAGGACGGUGGCAACAUUGUCAAGGAGAGAAUUCAGAAGAUUCUUGACGAAACUGAUGCCGAGUCCCUCGAAUUAACCUGCACCCACGGAUACGGCGUCGUGGAGGCCAACUGUGACGUCGACGGCUUUGAGACCAUUGUGGCCAAUUAUGGCACUGAUAUUCCUAACCUCAAAGGGUCGCACACUCGCUAUCUUUAUGGACCAGGCACUAUUCUGGUUGCGCAUGGCCGCGAUGAGAACAUCACCGUCGCCGAACUUGAGGAAUCCGUGGGAGGCUACCAGAAGCUGAUCCUACAUGCUCUCAAGGACUCUGCUUAA